AUGUUGUUUAUAGGUAAAACGCAAGAAGCUGAAAACAUGAAGUGCGCAUGUAAAUGGAAAAUUAAAUCAACAAUGCUCGUUGAUAGAUGUAAAACUGUGCUAAUACUAUCAAGCGUGGUGUGUACGUUAGCUAUUGUGAUAUCUCUGCAGAAAGUGCUGAAUUACGAGGUAAGAUAUACCAAGCCAUUCGCACCGAUACCAGAUGGAUUGUACGGCAACUACUUAGAACCUAUUCCUGAGCAGAAUCACGAUCCGCCCCCACUUAAACCUUUAGAUAAAACCAGAGAUGCAGAAGCUGUAGUGUCAUUAAAUGCUGCUCUGGAGAUGAAAAAAGUUGGGAAGGCUGAUAAAGCUUUAAAGCUUUUCCAACAUGCAUUUGCCCUUUCACCGAAACACGCAGACAUACUUAAUCACUAUGGAGAGUUUUUAGAAGAUACUAAAAAAGAUGUGGUGAAAGCAGACCAGCUGUAUACAUUAGCUUUAACCAAUUAUCCUGAUCACACGGGAGCUUUAAUGAACAGACAGCGUACUGCGAGUAUAGUGGAAAACUUAGACAGAGAUGUGCUUCGUAAAAUUGAAGAUAAACGGGAUGCACUUUCAUCGAUACCGGAAAACAACUCUGCUCUACGUAGAGCCAAGAAAGAAGCAUACUUCCAACACAUUUAUCACACGGUAGCAAUUGAAGGCAAUACAAUGACGCUGCAACAAACGAGAAGUAUAUUAGAGACCAGAAUAGCAGUUUCUGGUAAGAGCAUUGAUGAGCACAAUGAAAUUUUAGGUCUAGAUGCUGCGAUGAAGUAUAUAAAUCAAACAUUAUUGUACCGUUUACGUGAUAUAACUAUGGGUGAUAUAUUAGAGAUACAUAAAAGAGUUCUAGGGCAUGUGGAUCCGGUUGAAGGUGGACAAUUCCGUAGAACACAAGUUUAUGUUGGCGGUCAUAUACCUCCCGGGCCAUCAGAGAUACAGAGACUUAUGACACAAUUUUUAGAGUGGCUAAAUUCAGAAGAUGCAUUAGACCUGCAUCCUGUCAGAUAUGCAGCAUUAGCUCACUACAAACUGGUUCACAUUCACCCAUUCAUAGAUGGUAACGGUCGUACAUCACGGCUGCUUAUGAACUUACUACUGAUGCAGGCGGGAUACCCUCCAGUGAUUAUUGCCAAACAGCACAGACAUCUUUACUAUCAACACUUGCAAACAGCAAAUGAGGGUGAUGUCAGACCAUUUGUAAGAUUUAUUGCGCAGUGUACAGAGCGGACUCUGAAUCUAUACCUUUGGGCUACCAGUGAAUACUCUCACAUGGUGCCCGCUAUCGGUGAGCCUCAUAUAUUAACAGGAGAAGAUAUCGAGGAGAACUUGUUAUGA